AUGGAAGAUGAUACCUCGUUGACCGUUGACAUGGGUUCAGGGCUCCACACUUUCAGCGUUUGCAACCGAAUGCACGGGCCGCUAAUGGUUGGGCGCCAGCGCAGUGAUUGGCUGGUUGUUUCAGGGGCCGUAAAUUUUGGGUUGGCUGGCCUCUGGACUUUUGGAGCAUCAAAGUUUCGAAGCUGCAGGUGCUGCCUUCCCUGUCAGGGGAUCAUCCUCAGUGUUGGUGUCGGUGUUGAGCCUGAGUCUCCCUCUCCACGAAUCCCCUCGGCCUGUCUCAUCUGGCAUCCGCCAUAA